CCGAAUAUGACUGCUCUGGAACCUUCUGGACCUUUUUCUAGCACCUUCUAGCUCCUCCCAACCGUUCCCCUCAAAUACCCACUCUCACUUCCAUUUCUCGCACCAUAGUCGAACCAAAGCUACCUUCUGCAAUUUCAAUGGCGUCCUCUCUCCCUCUGAAGCGCUUCCUUUCCUCUCCCAUCCUCUCCAGGUCUCUCCUCCGUCCCGCAGCGUCGGCUUCCGCUUCCCGCUCCUUCAACACCAACGCCAUGCGCCACUACGACGACGACCGCGACGUCGAUCGUCGAUCCGAACGCUCUUCCCCUCGCACAUCGCGCCGCGACGAUAUCUUCGCAGGUAACGCGCUGGAUCCGUUUUUUCCGACUCGGAGUUUGAGCCAGGUUCUGAACAUGGUGGAUCAGUUCAUGGACAAUCCGUUCCUCUCUCCGCCGCGCGGAAUCGGUGCUGGAGCCGGAGUUCGUCGCGGAUGGGACGCGAGAGAGACGGAGGAUGCUCUGCUUCUCCGCGUGGACAUGCCUGGACUCGGGAAGGAAGACGUGAAGAUCUCCGUGGAGCAGAACACUCUCACUAUCAAAGGCGAAGGUGCUAAAGAAAGCGAGGACGAAGAAAGCGCUCGUCGCUACUCUAGCAGGAUUGACUUGCCGGACAAGCUUUACAAGAUUGACCAGAUCAAGGCUGAGAUGAAGAACGGCGUGCUCAAACUCGUUGUGCCUAAAAUGAAGGAAAAUGAGAGGAGCGAUGUGAUCGAUGUCAAGAUCGAAUAGAAUAAGCUUCUUCGGUUGUUUCGCUUAGACACUUUUUUUGUUUUCUUCUCUGAGGCCUUGUUGCUCUGUUUAGUUUUGAAACUUCUUUUCUAUGUAAUAAGUGUUUGUAGAAUUGUGAAUGAGCUUCUUGCUUUGAAGGUGCAAUGUGAAUUUGACUUUUUAAUGGGAUA